AUGGAUCCAGCGGCCAUCAGGGGCUUGCUCGCGGCGAGCUUUGACCCGGACACUGACAACCGGCGUCGCGCUGAAAUGCAGCUGAAGCAGAUCGAGGACAAUGCAGGUUUUCUCGACUGUCUCUUCAACAUUCUCGACGCCGAACAAGACAACAGUGUUCGACUCUCCACUGUUAUCUUCGUCAAGAAUCGUGUCCAGCGCGCCUGGUACGUCGCAGAAGGCCAGACGGAACCUGGGAUAGCAGAGGAGGAAAAGGCCCGCGUUCGCGACCGACUCGUGCCUCUACUGGCGGCAUCGCCUCCUCAAAUACGAGCGCAACUCUUGCCGGUCCUGCAGCGCGUGCUGCAAUGCGACUUCCCCUCGAGAUGGCCUCGCUUCAUCGACUUCACAAUGGAGCUACUGAACACUAACGACCCCAACUCCGUGCUCGCCGGUCUCCAGUGCCUCAUGGCCCUCUGCCGGGCUUUCAGGUACAAGUCCACCGACAGCCAAGACAGGGAGCACUUUGACAAGAUUGUCGAGGCUAGCUUCCCCCGUCUGCUGACCAUCUGCAACGAGUUGGUGAACCAGGAGAGCGAAGAGGCGGGCGAAAUGCUUCACCUUGCGCUUAAGGCGUACAAGCAUGCUAGCUGGCUGGAGCUUUGCCCCCAUCUGAGGGACGAACAGGUCAACAUUGGCUGGUGUACAGUUCUUCUCGGCACUGUUUCAAAACCUCCGCCACCCAGCGCUAUGGAGGGCGAUGAUUUUGAUCGUGAGAAGAACCAUUGGUGGAAGGCCAAGAAGUGGGCAUACUUCAACUUGAACCGUUUGUUCAUUCGACACGGGAACCCCUCGUCCACCGGGAAGGGAGACGAGGCGCUUGUCUUCGCCAAGAGAUUCACCCAGCAGAUUGCCCCUGAGAUCAUGAAGCACUACCUCGCCGAGAUUGAGAAAUGGGUUGCUAAGACCGCCUGGCUCAGCCGUCCUUGCCUUUCCUACACGCUGAUCUUCCUCGACGAAUCCGUCAAGCCGAAGGAGAUGUGGGUUCACUUGAAGCCUCACCUGACGAAUCUUGUCACGCAUUUCGUGUUCCCCAUCCUGUGCCUCACAGAGGAUGACCUCGAGAAGUUUGAGGAUGAGCCUCAGGAGUACUUGCACCGCAAGCUCAACUACUUUGAGGACGCCGCCGCGCCCGAUGUCGCUGCGGUGAACUUCUUGGUCAACCUCACCAAGAACCGGCGUCUGGAGACCUUUGAGAUCUUGAAGUACGUGAACCACGUUGUCAACGAAUACGAAGCCCAGCCCGACGACCAGAAAGAUCAUGUGCGCAAGGAAGGUGCGCUUCGCAUGAUUGGCACUCUCGCCCCGGUCAUCCUCGGGAAAAAGAGUCCCAUCGCCGGUCAGGUUGAAUACUUCUUGGUUCGCUACGUGUUCCCCGAGUUCACCAGCCAAAAGGGGUACCUGCGUGCUCGUGCUUGCGACACAAUCGAGAAGUUCGAGCAGCUGAACUUCCAGGACCAAAACAACCUCAUGACCAUCUACCGCCACAUUCUCGAGUGCAUGGCCGACCCGGCCCUGCCAGUGAGGGUCACGGCCGCCUUGGCUCUGCAGCCUUUGAUUCGCCACGACAUUAUCCGCAAUGAAAUGCAGACAAGUAUCCCUACGAUUAUGCAACAGCUGCUCAAGCUCGCAAACGAGGCCGAUAUCGAUGCAUUGGCCAAUGUCAUGGAGGACUUUGUGGAGGUUUUCGCGGCCGAGCUCACUCCCUUUGCCGUGGCUCUUAGUGAGCAGCUGCGCGACACGUACCUGCGCAUCGUGCGAGAACUCCUCGAGAAGGAGGCAGCGGCUGGUGAUGAUGGCGAGGGUCUGACAGACUACGAUGACAAGAGCAUUACCGCCUUGGGUGUCCUGCAAACCAUUGGGACGUUGAUCCUGACUUUGGAGAGCACACCCGAUGUGCUGCUGCACAUCGAGGCUGUCCUGAUGCCUGUCAUCAAGGUCACCCUCGAGAACAAGCUUUAUGAUCUGUACAACGAAGUGUUCGAAAUCAUUGAUAGCUGCACAUUCGCAGCCAAGAGCAUCUCUCCGAACAUGUGGCAAGCUUUCCAGCUGAUCCACACCACCUUCAAGGCCGGCGCCGAGUACUACCUCGAGGAUAUGUUGCCCGCGUUAGACAACAUUGUGCGCUACGGUGCCGUACAGCUUGCUCAGACGCCCGAGUAUAUCCAGGCACUCUACUCCAUGAUCGCCGACAUGUUCACAGAGGAGGUUCAGGGCCUGGAGCGGAUAAGCGCAUGCAAGCUGGCCGAGGCUAUGAUGCUAUGCCUGCAGGGAUCUAUUGACCAGUGCGUUGAGGGCUUCAUCAUCAUGGCGAUGAAUAUCCUCGGCGGUCCUCAAGAGGUCAAGGUCAAAACCACGAGGAUUCAUCUGAUGGAGAUGGUGAUCAACGCCAUCAACUACAACCCGGUGCUUGCGCUGCAGGUUCUCGAGAGCAAGGGAUGGACCAACCGCUUUUUCAGCUUGUGGUUCAGCCACAUGAACUCGUUCAACCGCGUGCACGACAAAAAGCUGUGCAUCAUUGCCAUUACAGCUCUGUUGAACCUAAACCACGACCAGAUUCCUGCCAGCGUCUCGGUUGGCUGGCCGCGCUUGCUACAAGGCGUCACUGAGCUUUUUAGGACGCUGCCCAAUGCGCUGAAGAACCGCGAGGACGCCCUCCGCGAUGACUUCCAGUUCAGUGGCAGCUACGACUACGGCGACGACGAUGAGUGGGCUGAUGAGGAGGCCAACUGGGACGGCGAGCAAGACACCGCCGCCGAGACUGAGGUGACCGCCGAAGUCAAGGACGAGAGCGCAGCCUACCUGGACUUCUUGAAUGAAGAGGCCCAAAAGUUUAGCCGCGCUAUCGACGACGACGCCGACGAUGAUCUUGGCGAAGAGGAGAACCUGUUGGACUCCCCUCUUGACAAGCUGGAGCCUUACUCCAUGUUCAAGGGUGUCAUGCUCCGCAUGCAGCAGGAUCAGCCCCAAUUCUACACAUCUCUCACAUCGCAGCUGUCGCCUGACCAGCAGGGCGUUUUGCAGAGUGUUAUGGUCCGCGCGGACGAGAUCGCGAUGGAGCAGCAGCAGCUAGCCGAAGCAGUCCAGGCGUAG